AUGUCAGACACAAAGCCUGAUGUGGUGCAUCAAGGGUAUGUGAAUGGCACUGCGAAACCGAGCUUCCUGUCUCGUGUUGGUGCGCAUUUCAAGAAAUGGUGGUGGGUUCACGUUAUCAUCUUGAUUAUCUGCGUCUUGGUCGUCGUUCUUCCCCUCGUCUACGUUGGCUACCCUAGGAUUGCCCAGAACGAUGUGAACGAUUCCACUUUGAACGUCACUCAGCUGGUCUUCUCCGACCCAGCCCCGAACACCAUCCAUGUCAACCAGACCCAGGUCUUGGGCAACAAGGCCAUUUACCACCCAAAGAUCUUCGCCUUUAAUGCGUCGCUUGGCUUGGCAGGUGCUGCUGCGCCAGUUGCCUAUGUCAUGGUCCCUCAGAUCCAGGCCGAGGAUGGCGCGAUCAUCAAUGUCGACACUACGCUGCAGCUAUACAACCUAGAUGCGACCACCGAGUUUACCAAGGCUGUUUUGACAUCAGAAACUUUUUACUUGAACAUUUACGGAAAGCCGGAAUUGAAGGAAAUGGUUCUACCGACUAGCCAGGUAACAUUCAACAAGACCGUUCCCAUGAAAGGUCUCAACGGACUGAAGGGCUUCAGUCUUUCCGACGUCAGAAUCUCUCUCACCGCAUCUGCCGAUGGUACCAACAUGAACGGCACUGCCAACAUUCCUAACCCUGGUGUUGUCUCCGUUGCAAUGGGCAACGUGACACUACCAAUUUUCGUCAACGGCGCACAAAUCGGUACCUCGUACAUCAACGACCUCGUCCUCGUUCCUGGUAGUAACACCUACCAUGUCAAAUCCAUAAUCGACCAGGUCCAGGUCAUUGACCUGGUCCUUGGCUCCAAAGCCAAGUACCCCUCUGGCGUCAUUCCCCUUGACAUCAUCGGCAACCACAGCGAGUAUAACGGCCAAGAAAUCACUUACUACUCCGAAGCCCUCAAGAGCAACACCAUGUCGACGACUUUGAACGUGACCCAGGUGUUAGAUGAUUCGGGAUUGUCCGCAGUCGCAAGUGCUUUGGCAUCUUCUGGUUCCUCCUAA